AUAAACGAAUCUCUGCGAACUAGCGUCCGACUAUGUUGCGCUGCUUGCUGCAGUUGACCCGUCUGGGUUGACGUUGUACUUUCUUGUAUUCAGCCUUCCCGCGCGCGUCCCCCGUUGGGGACAUAGACUCAAGCUUGCGCUAGUGGCAUCCGAGUUCUCGAAUCUGUUUGGUUCAGUCCGCCUCUAUCAGUCUGUCAUAACACGUCUAAGGUAGUUGUUUAGUGGUGUGUAGUGCGUGUAGUGCGAGUCCUGGUGCCCCAACAUGGCAUUGAAUCAGGAUGAGGCCAAACAGGUGGUGCGAGUCGACCAGGACUCGGAAACCGACCUCCAGGCCCUUUUCGACAGUGUCCUCAAGCCGGACGCAAAACGUCCCCUUCAAGUACCGUGGAGCAUGAGGAAAUUGCCCGACUCAUUUUUCAACCCUCCCUCAACUGGCUCGAAGAGCAUAAACCAUUCGCGAGAAAAUUCUGUGGACUCCGCGUUCGGUUCGUCGACGGGCAAUUCGACCACCGCACCUGUUAACACCGUGCCUUUACAGACUGCCCAUCACAGGGCGCACAGUUCGCCGGCAUCCCUUCAGCAAACUUACGCCGUUGGCCAGCAAUCGCCGGGUCAUCAUCAUAUCAAACAGCGGUCCUACGAUGUCGCGAGUAAAACGGAAGAUAACACCCCGCUACCACCGGGAUGGGAACAGGCGAGAACUCCCGAAGGACAGGUGUAUUAUCUCAAUCAUAUCACACGUACUACCACCUGGGAGGACCCAAGGAAAUCACUAGCAGCUCAAACAGCAGCCCAGCAUCAGAGUGCCGAACAACUACUUUCGACACAUCAGUCACCAUCACCUACUUCCACAACUGCGAAAGUUAGUGCGGACGUAGAUUUAGGUCCGCUGCCAGAAGGUUGGGAACAAGCACAAACUCCUGAGGGAGAAAUUUACUUCAUAAAUCAUCAGACUAGGACAACUUCGUGGUUUGAUCCAAGAAUUCCAACCCAUCUUCAGCAGAGAACCCCCGGUACCGGGGUGAUGUUGACGCCGUGGCAGAACACAUCACAGUCCACGCCGGUGAAACAGCAACAGCUCCGGCUUCAGCUGUUGCAGCUCGAGCGCGACAGGCUGAAGCAGCGUCAGCAGGAGAUAAGAAGGCAGCAGGAACUGAUGCUGAGAGGAAGCAGCACGGAUCUCCCAAUAGAUCCAUUUUUGUCCAGUUUGACUGACCAUUCUCGCCAAGAAUCAGCCGACAGUGGCCUUGGUAUGGGCACAACUUACUCAAUGCCACACACACCGGAAGACUUCUUAUCUACCAUGGACGACAGUAUGGAUGUAGGCAGUGAAAGUCACACUAUGGACACUCCAGACAUAUCUACACUUAGUGAAAACAUCGAUUCCACUGAGGAUCUUGUGCCUUCAUUACAACUGGGGGAGGAAUUCCCUAGUUUAGACGAUGUCCAAUCGUUGAUAAAUCCACCCAAUACUAAGCCUGACAAUGUGCUCAUCUGGUUGUAAAUUAAGUGCCUAUCUUUAUAAUUUUAUAAUAUGGCUAUUCACUUAUAGAUAUUAACACAAGAAAUUAUUUACAGGGACGAUCUGUCCCAUAUAUCACUACAGAAGUUUUUUCUCGUGACCAUUCAUGAAACAUUCUAUAUUUUGUGAUUUAUACACGAAGUUCGCGGAAAAAAAAAUUGUCUUUUAUGUAAUUGAAACUCUACUAACACUAGCCUUAUUUCAAUUUAUUUUUUUAAUGAUCCGUGAGGAAAUUUCACGAACGGUUCGUUUUUCACCAGAGCAGUUAUAUAACUGAUACAUUCUUUUUUCAGAUGACAAUAUAGACUACAGAUAUUUCGAGUUGGUCAAAAGUAAAGAAAAAACUUCAUUCGAUCUAGGAUCAUCGACGCUCACAUGAUUUUUUACUGCAUCAGAAAUCGAGUUGAAAUAAUUGCAAUAAAUUUACUUCAUACGCUUCGACACGGCAAUAUUAAUUAACUAAAUGUUCUAAAAUUAAUUGUUAAAUGUUGAAUUUUAAGCAUUUGUAUUUCUUACAAUUUAUGGGAACGUUAUUUCGAUGUUGGGCGUGUUUUCUAGAAAUAUUUAUAGUUUCUUAUUCUAAUUAAGUUGUUUUAGACUUAGAAUUCGAAGUACCAAAUUUCCGUGGGGACAAACCGUUUUCUUUUAGGGAAAUUAAAUUUGGUUCUGGUUUCGACGAACCAAUUUUACUUUCUCUCACAGAAUCGACGUUAGUGGAAUCACUUAUUCCGGAAUUUGUACUAUUUAUUUAUUGUUGUGUUCUCUAGAUUAUUUAAUAUUUUAUUUACUUUUAUACAUAUACAUGUAUGUAUUUAGUUCAGGUUAGGAAUUUUUAUCGCUUGUGAUAAAUCAUAUUCUCUCCAUCGAUUUCCGUAUCAUUCGAAAAUUACUUUCAACCAGCUCUUUCGAUUUCGUUGAUUUCGACUCAUGUACUUAAACAUACAACAAUUUCUAACUGCAAUAUUAGUUCAUACUUUUUUUAGCAAUUACGAAUUUUCUAGCUAUGCAUUCGUAGCUAGGUAUCGUUUCAUUGAGAACGGAAAUUACCCGAUGUUCAAGUUGGGAGACCUGAUCAAAAGUUAUCAAGUGUAUGGUCGUACACUUAAUAAACUUUUAACCCUUGAAUUUUUCCAUAUACAGAAUAACUGUUUUACAUUAGUCCAACUAAUGUUAAAACAUGACGCUCAUGUUAUUAAAAACAAAUCCAUCCAUUUUUGGUGCCUUUAAUGUAUUGUAAAUACUUAUAUAUAAUCGAGAAUCAUUUUUGCAGACAUAGAUACCAUUAUCUAUAUCUUUUAUAUACAUUCUUUUACACUAAUAAUUCAUCUUUAGAGAUGUUGUUCUCAACUAGCUUUUAACUGUUUUUUACAGCAAUUUCGAAGCAUCACCACAGUUUAUCAAGUCCAUCUAACACCUAAGGGGGGUGUUGUUUAAAACCCUACAGUUUUAAAAUCCUUCGUUUCGAAAAAUUCAUUUCUAGGUGUUCAAUUAGUCCUCUUCACUCCAGGUAAAGAUUCCCAGACUGAAUGAUAUUUCAACCAGUCUUUCAACUUCGUGGAAAAUGGGGAAAAACACGAAAAAAGAAAAUCCAUUUUCUCUCUUUCAUUGUAGGAUCCCCAUUUUCGCAACAAAAACGUUUUCCAUCUCCUAGAUGCGAGAAUUUAAACUUUUCCAUCAGUAAUUGCCACUUUUUCCUCUUUGACAGCUGAUGAAUGAUUGUGCCUUGAGAUAGCAAUAUUGUAGUAUCGACUGAUGCUGCGGUGAUGUUUUGAAUAAAAUACAAUUUGUGAUGCCUUCAAGAAAAUUAUGCGCAUUAUUUGUAAUGGUUAUAUUUUGUCUUAUCCCUUCUUGUAUACGGAAAUUAUAUAUUUAUUUAUGUGGCAAGAUGCCAUCUGUAAUUAAGUGCCAAACGUUUUAUUGCAAUAUCAGACACGUAGACUGGAUAGUCGAGCAUAACUGUGCGAAUUUCCUCGAGUUAAUUCAGUUAUGUGUAUGGCCUGUAUAUGCAUUAAAUUAUGUGACGAGUGCUCCAGAUUUACAGGUUACAUAAUGUCCAUGCUAUUCAUAUAAAUUCUCAAAUAUGCAUUACAGAAAAUUGUUAAGAAUAAGCGGAAAAUAUCAUUUUUAGACAGAAUAUCAACCUUCUUGAAGGGAAUUAAGAGAUGUUAUUUAUCGAACGUACUUGAGUGCUACGAUAAAUAAAGUAUGUAUGUGUUUUACAGCUUUUACUAAGGAUUAGUUUGAAAUAGAUUUUCAGGAUGAAGAGAUCUCGAUUCAGGUUUUUUUUUCUUCGAAAAUUAUUAUUGAGGCACAAUUUACGACAUAAGAAACCACAUCAUUUUCAUAUAUGUAUUGUAGUAUAUAAUAAUGAACAUUUUAUCACAGACAGAAGGUGUUGGUACAUUUUAUACUGAAUUAUUAUUAUACCCAUUCAAAAUUUUUCCAAAAUCAACCUUGGAUUGUGAUCGAGAAUAUCACUUUAAUUGAAGAAUCGUUGUAUCACGAACUUUAAGCUAUAUUCUAUAUCACUUCAUCUAGUGAAUAGGUCAUAAAUUAUUUUAUAACAUUGUACAGAUCUUCAUUAUUCUGUUUAAGAUAACAAUAAUUCAGAUUAGUUUGUAAACUUUAUUAUUCAUCAUUGUGAAACUACAUUAGUAAAAAACUGUACAUAUAUAAACGAUAUAUUCUCUAUAA